UUGAUUUUUAACGGUUUCACACAAAUUAUUUUAAUUUGGUAUAUUUCACUUUAGGUCCCUUUAAUUAACUUUAAUUUAUUUUCAGGUCAUCUUCUAUGAGGACAGGAACUUUCAGGGUCGCUCUUAUGAGUGUAUGAGCGACUGUUCUGACAUGUCCUCCUAUCUGAGCCGCUGUCACUCAUGUAGAGUAGAGAGCGGAUGCUUCAUGAUGUACGAUCAUCCAAACUACAUGGGAAACCAGUAUUUCUUUAAGAGAGGCGAGUACGCCGAUUACAUGUCCAUGUUUGGAAUGAGCAACUGGAUCAGAUCCUGCCGUAUGAUCCCCAUGCACAGAGGAUCCUACAGAAUGAGGAUCUAUGAGAGGGAGAACUUCAUGGGUCAGAUGUAUGAGAUGAUGGAUGAUUGUGACAACGUCAUGGACCGCUACCGCAUGUCUCAGUGUCAAUCCUGUCAUGUGAUGGACGGUCACUGGCUCAUGUAUGAGCAGCCUCACUACAGAGGCAGGAUGUGGUACGUCAGGCCUGGAGAGUACAGGAACUUCAGCAAUAUGGGUGGCAUGAGAUUCAUGAGCAUGAGACGUAUCAUGGAUUCCUGGUAUUAGUCUUCUAAAGUUUCAAUAAAAUAAUUCCUGUACACCAAUCAUUGUGUUUUGAAAAUCAUUCUUGCCACAAAUAUU